UAAUGUUCCUCCAAAAGAUGACGUCAGAAAUAUAUGAUGACAUCGUUAGUGCAGUUUAUCUUCUAAAUCUAAUCUAAAUGGAGGCGUCCUUGAGGUCCAGGCUGUCAAACACUGUGAUAAGGAUCUUUACACAUCUGUGCCGUGGAUGUGCACCGACUUUGGUCAACAUCAUAAAAGUAUCAAUGGGGGAAUGGCCUUUUUGUUGCUUAGACACCAUGUGCACUUCUUCCAAAUCAGAAAAAAAUGCAUUUCUUUACUUUUAUUUCAUUUUACGAUCUUAAUUAAAUCAUGAAGAAUUGUCAUGAGUUACUAAAAGCAGAGUCUAAACCAGCGACAACUUCUCCAGUUUGUUCUCUCUGGUCUUUAUCCUGGCCCUCUGGCACUGGUGCGCGUCUGUUUGCCGGUCUGUGACAUGAAUUGUUUGGGGUGCCGCGCACUCAGAGACCAUGUGGGCGUGUUUCUCUCAGCCCAACACUCUACGCUCUUGUUUGGAGUCCAGAGCGCAAAACGGGCUUCUUCUGGUGAGACCAUAGAGCGCAAAAGUAUCAGCUCUCCAACCCUGACGCGCAACACCGUCUCUGGCUCCGGCGGCUCCCCCGAAUCACACUCGUACCGAGCACGGGGGAUAUAAAGAGAGAGUUUACCCAAACUUCCCCUAGUUCAUCAUUCAGCCAUGGACGCGUCUAGAGUGGUAACGCUAUAUCUGGGCCUGCUUCUUGUUUUUCUUUGGAAUAUACCGUGUUUCCAGUCUGCUGCUAUUAUCUCUCCCUCUGCGCCGAGGAGGAGCAGAGGAGCGAGGAUCCCUCAUCCACACGGACAAAGGUCACCCAAAUUCUUAAAAGACGUCUUCGCGUCUGGACACCCGGUCACGGGUCACCACAAAGACGACUCCAAGGACGCUAUUGUGCCGCACGAAUACAUGCUCUCCAUAUACAGGACUUACUCGGCUGCAGAGAAGCUCGGACUAAACGCAAGUUUUUUCCGCUCCUCUAAAUCUGCCAACACCAUAACGAGUUUCGUGGACAGGGGAACAGACGAUCUUUUGCACUCUCCUCUGAGAAGACAGAAGUAUCUGUUUGAUGUCUCAACCCUUUCAGACCAGGAGGAGCUGGUGGGCGCGGAAUUAAGGAUAUUCAGGAGAGGGUCCCGGGACCUGCAGGCUCCUCUGCAGACCAGGGGCCUCUACGACAUCCAGAUCUAUCCUUGUCGCUCGGACACGUUGCUGGACUCCAGGUCUCUGGACCCGCUGGACUCUACCAAACCCGGGUGGGAGGUUUUGGACUUGUGGGAAAUGUUUAAACCGCACCAGCACCGCUCUCAUCAGAGGAGCCAGAUCUGCUUCCAGCUCAGGGUCACCCUCGCCAAAUCAGACACCGAGGUGGACCUUAGGCAGCUGGGGCUGGACAGGAGCGGCCGGUCCCAGCAGGACAAGGCCAUCCUAGUGGCCUACACCCGUUCCAAGAGGAGGGAAAACCUCUUCAACGAGAUGAAGGAGAAGAUCAAAUCUCGGAGGUCUGUGGGUGAGAAGGAGGAAGCGCCAGCGGCAGACGCACUGAGCGCGCUGAAGGAGGAGGAGGAGGAGGAGGGAGUUCCUCCAAAGCGCUUUAAAGGAGAAGGGCCCCGGCGCAGGAGGAGGACUGCGCUGAGUAACCGGCACGGUAAACGGCACGGGAAGAAGUCCAAAUCCAGGUGCAGCAAAAAGGCGCUGCAUGUGAAUUUCAAAGAACUGGGCUGGGACGAUUGGAUCAUCGCGCCUCUGGAUUACGAGGCGUAUCACUGUGAGGGUGUGUGCGACUUCCCCCUGAGGUCGCACCUGGAGCCCACCAACCACGCCAUCAUACAGACGCUAAUGAACUCCAUGGACCCCAACAGCACCCCACCCAGCUGCUGCGUCCCCACCAAACUCAGCCCCAUCAGCAUCCUGUACAUAGACUCAGGAAACAACGUGGUGUACAAACAGUAUGAGGACAUGGUGGUGGAGCAGUGCGGGUGCAGGUAGCGGCCAUUGUGUGUCUGAAAACUAUUAGAGACAGAGACAAGUCAAAAGUGUCUUGAUGGUUCCCAGGUCGAAGAUAAAUAAGCCCUCACAUGUCUGUCAUGCUUUCAGGCAUGACGCGCCGUGUCUCCACUCAAAGAGAUGCGCAGCAGACAAGAAGAGAGGCGAAUAUCUCGUUAUUUAUGCAGCCAAUUCAAAUAUAAAUACUCUGCCUUAAAGUGUUAACGCACAUUUAUUCCCAUCCACACGUUAGCACUCCCCUAACAGGCUUCCGUUUCCCAGAUUGGGACCCGUCCUGAUGGCAGAGAGAUUCGGGGACAUGGUGCGCGUGUGGGUGUAUGUUAGCGAAAUAAGAUGGGAGCCCAGUGAGUCCGACUGUGCACCUGUUCGUGCCGAGGCCGCAGGACAGUGGACUCUGCCUGAAGAGGCAGCGGGUCAGUGUGUGCGUCCAGAUGGAGUCAGAAAUCACUGAGUUGCACAAGUCCCUGUUCAUCACUAUUUUAUAGACGCGUUAUAAUCACCACAUGAAAAGGUACACACAAAGGCACACACUGGGCUGUGAUAUGGUUGUAAUGCCUAGAAGAGAUUUUCGGUGGGACUCUCGGAGGGCGCGCCACAGAGGACGCGUCGUGCGCCUUUGUGCACAGAGAUCACUGAUCCAAACUUGUGCCUGAUUGUUGUUAAAGAAGGAAAAUAAGAAAGAAAGGAGAAAUUAGUGAAUGAAAUAAAGGAAAGAGCUCCUUACUGAGGCGAACCUUUUGCUCAAACGUCUGCAUCUUUACGCAAUGCACUUCCAAAAACUGACAGCGCCAAGGACACGCGGUCAGCGAGAAAGUUUGUCCUUCCUGACGAUGAUGAAUAUAUUAAAAUGAAAAGAAAGACUCACAGAUGAGACGCUAUUUAAAUGCACAUUAGCUUUGAAUGCACUGCUGUUCACUAUUUUUGUUGAGCUGUAAAUAUUUGUACAGUGGAAAAGAGAAAAAACUUUACAAAGUGCAACUAAAGAAGAAAUGGGAAAA